UAAUGUGAUUAAACAUAAACACACACACACAUUAGUAAACAUAGCACAUAUAACAACAAAAUCUCCGUUUAUUGAUUAGUGUUGUAUCCGGAAUCAAGCGUACCGGCCGGCAAGAUGAAGCAGAUAUUUUAUAUUUUAUGCGUUUUGCCACUUGCCGUGAUGGCAAUGUCAAACGGAAGAAACACUGAGUCGCUACUUCGAGAUGGCAGCAAUCGAUUUACAGCACAAAUGUUCUCUGAAGUUACCAAAACGAAUCCCGGAAAGAGCGUUAUCUUAUCUGCAAUAUCUGUUAUGCCACCUCUCGCUGAAUUAGCUCUGGCAUCGGUUGGCGAUUCACACGAUGAACUGCUGCAAGUACUUGGAACACCUAAUGACGAUACUACAAAAGCAGUUUUCUCAUAUGCAAAUAAGGAGUUGAAAUCUGCGGAAUUCGUCACAAUAAAGACAGCAAAUAAAAUUUAUAUCGGAAAAGAUUACGAGCUAAAUAAAGAUUUUGCUGCCGUAUCCAAGGAAACUUUCGAUUCUGAAAUCAAAAACAUAGACUUUGGAGAGAAUGCAAAAGCUGCUACAGAAAUCAAUACAUGGGUGGAAGACCAGACAAACCAUCUGAUCAAGGAAUUAGUCGACCCUCGAAAUUUAAGACCAAACACAAGAGCAGUUUUAGUUAAUGCCAUCUACUUCAAGGGUGCUUGGGCGGAUCAGUUUGAAAAAGAAUUAACAAAGGACCAAGAUUUCCACGUGAACAGAAAUAAAGUGAUUCCAGUUCCUAUGAUGUAUAGAAAAGGGUAUUAUGAUUAUGUUGAAAGCGAUGAACUAAAAUCACAAAUUAUUAAAAUCCCAUACGAGAGAUAUGAAGCUUCUCUGAUUGUUGUUCUUCCACGUGAUGUUGAGGGUAUUCUUGAAUUAGAAGAAAAACUAAAGGACCCUCAGGUUUUAGACAGAGUCAUGAAAAGCCCAUCUCUGCUAGAAGUAAUUUUGCACAUGCCAAGGUUUAAAAUUGAAACUAAAACUAAUCUGAAAGAUGUUCUCAUAAAAAUGAAUGUAUCGAAGUUAUUUAAAUCAGAUGAAGCUAAAUUACAUCAUUUGUUGAAAAAUGCCGAUGAUUUAUAUAUAGAUUCAGCUUUACAGAAAGCCUUUAUUGAAGUCAAUGAAUUUGGUACGGAAGCUGCUGCCGCGAAUGUAUUUGAUGGUCCUGGAGGCAGUUUCGUGUUUGAUGCACCAGAACCAAAAGUAUUUAACGCUGACAGACCCUUCUACUUUGCUAUUAAGAUGAACUCAUUGACUCUGUUCAACGGCGUGAUGUAUGGGUCUUAGAUGAUAAUGUUCCUUGCAUUCAUUUUUUUCGAAAGAAUGGUAUCUCAAAUAAAAACAUUACUUUUGAA